AUGUCUUCGCGUUACAAUUUGAGGUCUCUCGAAGACGUUUCUCGAAUAAUAACGCAAAGACGAGACGCUGAAUAUGAUGACAUCGAUAGCGAUAAUGAAGAAAAUUAUACGAAUGAGGAAAGUAAUACCGAGUCGGAGUACGAUGCCAGCGAGAUAGAGGAAAUCGAGGACGAUGACCCUGUUGAGUCUGUAGAAGAUCCAGAUGUUCCUCCUCCAUCAAAACGCUUGAGAUCGGGCUCUGGUUUAUCGGCGGAACAGAGCUCAAGUGCGAGCAGUAAACGUGGCCGGAGGAGGAGUAUCGUCUCCGGUAAGAACGGGCAUAAAUGGUUUACCACUCCUCGCGAGCGGGUAACAAACAGAGCACCCUUCGGUUCAUUUAUCCCUGGCCCUGUUGGGAUUGCAAAAGAGGCAAAGACGGCGUAUGAGACGUGGAAUUUGUUUUUCGAUGACGUCAUUCUUUCAAAAAUCUUGCAGCAUACCAACGAGGAAAUUCAUCGUUACACAGAAGAACGGGAAAUCGACUGCACGAAGGAUAUUCUGUACAAGCCCGUUGACAUGAUUGAACUGAAAGCUUUUAUCGGCUUGAUGUACUUUUCUGGUCUCCAAAAAACGAAUAUGACCUCUUCUGAUGAUUUGUGGGAUACGAAGUACGGCUCCAUUUUUUACAAAGCCACAAUGUCACAGAAAAGAUUUUGCACUAUCCUUCGGUUUCUCCGAUACGACGAUAAAGCUACCCGGCCGACUCGUGUCGUAAAUGAUAAAUUCGCAGCCAUACGAGGAAUUUGGGAAAUCUUCAUCGAAAAGUGCAAAACUCUCUACAAUCCGGCGUCAUAUUGCACUAUAGACGAACAACUGUUAUCCUUUCGUGGGCGCUGCCCUUUCAAGGUCUACAACGGAAGCAAACCCGAUAAAUAUGGGAUGAAAAUUGUCAUGCUGAACGACUCAAGGACAUUCUAUAUGGUGAAUGCAAUCCCAUAUGUUGGCAAAAAACAUCACGUGCGACAAUUGGUUUUCGUCGAUCGAAAUUUUCGACAAGAUGCUGGAGCACAACAUUACAAUGGUUGGGACGCUCAGAAAGAAUAA